AUGGGUUGUUCAUCUAGUAGAGAGACCCGUAGAAUUUUAGCUCCUUCAAAGAACUGUCCUAAUUGUAAAAAACAAUAUACCCAACGUAAUUGGUGUAAACCUUGUGAAUCCCGACGUUUCAAUGAUGAUUUUCAUAAUUGGACAAGUGGUGAUACUGAGUUAGAUCAAUUUAUCCAAUACACUCAAUUAAAUUCUGCUGCUCCUUUGACGGAAUUAGAAAAAAUCUUUAUGUCUUGGGGAUGGCAUAUGGGUGUCUCUCAGAAACAUGAUGUGUUUGAUCAAUUUAUUUCGGCUGAAAAUGAAAGACAAAGAUUAUUAAAAUCUGAUGAUUUGGAUUCCCUUAAACAACCACAUCCUGAAGCAAUUUAUAAAAGUAGAUUAUUGAAAUUUUCGGAUUUGCCAAAACCUGUGAAUAGAUCAAGUUAUCUUAAAGUUUCUACCGAACGGUCGUCUUUCUCUUUUAUUUCUGGUGAUGAUGAAAUAACUCCAUAUAAACCGACUGAUACUUAUGAUGGCUUUGAAAGAGAUUCUCGAGAAAUAAGUUUUCCUGUAUCAGAUGAAGACCUUGCAAUUUCAAUUAAUAACUUUUAA